AUGGAGCAUGAUGAAGAAUGGGAAAAUGAAAUAAAGAAAAAUAAAUAUGUAGAAACAUUAAGGAACACAUCUCUACUAUUUCCGGAUCUUUGUGCACAACUUUUUGAUGGAGUUAUGACAAAUGGGAUUAAAAGUUUGGAACCGAUUUCUGCUGAACCUAUAACAGCAAUUGUGGUUAAAGAUGAUGAAGAGAUUGAAAUCCCAAAAGAUACAAUGGAUUCAUUAUCUUCUUCAUCAUCUGAUCCUCCUCCUCCUCCUGUUAAGAAGAAACAAAAAAUGAGUAAAAAAUCGAUUGAUGAAGAAAUAUUGGGUGUGUUGAAGAUAAUAGCAGAUAAGAUGAGCAAAUCUGAAACACCUCCAAAACCUACAUUUGAAGAAUGUGAAAAGAAGUUGAAAAAGCUUGGGUGGAGUGAAGAUGAUCCUUUACAUGUUGUUGCAUGUGCUAUUUUUUGUGAAGAAAAUGAUAAUUAUAAGGAAUGUUGGAUGAAAUUAAACCCCAAGAUGUGUGCUAAUUGGGUUAAAAUGAUUGGACGUAGUAAAGGGUUUAUAUAGUAUAGUUUGAUGAGUUGUGGUGUUUUUCUUUUAGGAAAUUGCUAAUUGUUUGGAAAGUAUUGAUAUGUAGAUGAGAUGAGAUGAGAACUAUUUUAUGUUUUGGAUUAAAUUGCAAGAAUGGUCCCUAUGUUAUAGUGAAAGUUGUAGGUUUAGGCC